AUGAACAAUGAAUUCGAUUUUAUUAGCGAAAUUUUGAUAAAAUUCUUAAGAAACAUGUCGAAUGUAGACACUCACUUUUUAGGCUCAAAGUUAAUAGCAAUAUUCAAAGAUCAAAACUCAACUUAAAUUAGUUAAAUGCCUUGGAAUGAUAAAGAAAUAAAAGUGUCUCCAAAAAAAACAAACAUGAGUUAAUUCAAUAACCCUCAUUUGGCUUCAGAUAUUCCCUAAAAGACUGACAAGUUCCUCAAAUUAGUUUCUAUGCUUGACCAUUAGAAUCAGGAUAAUUAUAAUUCUACUGACAGAUUAAAAUUGAAAAAUACAGAGUUCUUCAACAAUCCACUAACUAUCAAUGAAGAUCUUUCAAAAUAGCUCUAUCAAUCAUAGACUAGCAAAGACAUGACAAAUAAAUUUGAUCAUGAAAAAGGAGCUACUUCUUCCCUUGAUAUGUUUGCUUUUACUCAUAAUAGUGGAGAUAUUCAAGGCUAAGACAUAUUUGACAAGCUUUACAAUGAAAAUGUUAAGAAAAGAGAGAAGAUCAUUAAGCAAAAACAAGAAAGGGAACUUGAGGAACUCCAAAAAUGUACAUUUUAACCAUAAAUCAAUUAACCCAGAUUGUCAAAGCUAUAAAACUAAAUUGACCCAAAAUAAGACUUCAAAGAACUUAACUCGAUAAUAGAAACACCAAGCGGGAAUUCUUUUAUAAAUUCAGUUGAAAAGCUUUAGAAAUCUAAGUUUUCAUUGUUAAAAUCAGGAAUCGCUUCUUCUAGUUAAAAUCAAAAGAAUGGGAUGAAUAGAUCUUAAUCACUGAAUAACAACAGUUUCGUCUCUAUGAGACUGUCUAACAAUCUGUCUAAUAACCUCUGUGAAUAUAGUGAAAGUUUUGACAAAUCAGCCUCAAUUAUUGAGAAAUAAGUUCACUCUAAUAAGAAGGCAAAUAACAAAAUUUAGAUAUCACUUACACAAAGAUAGUCUUUAGAACCAAGCAAUAAAAUAUUGACUAGGAAUAGCACUAAUAAGACAUUUAAAGAUUAGAGUAAGUCUAAUUCAAAAACAAGGCAUGAGCAGCUGUAUAAUGGUCAUAAGGAAAGAUAGGAAAAGCUGGAAUAAAAGAAGAUUGUUGUUGAAUAAGAAAGGUUAAAGGAGUGUUCUUUCAAGCCUGUUAGAGAAGCCAAGAAAUAUGAGAAGAAGACUGGUCUAUUUAAUAAUCUUGACUCAUAUGAAAGAGUAUAUAAGUUCUAAGUAUCAAAGUAGCCAUAAUAAAAUAUACUUGUAACAGAUUAGUAAAAGGAUAGAGCUUUGAAGUAGUAAGUGAUAAAAGAAAAUAUCAAGGAAAUUAAGAAUUAAAAGAGCGAACUUAAGUCCUAAAAGAUGUCUAAACUCCUGAGUGAACUUCAUAAUUAAAUGAAAUAAUCUAUUUCAAGGCACAGUCUUAUCAUUUAAGGUGGAAGUAGAGAUGACAGUCGAAACAAGAAUUAAUAGCAGUUGUAAAGAUCAUAGGAAACUAAAAAUAUUAAAAACAAGGAGAAUUUACAGAGCGAUGAGGUCUUGUUCUAAUAGCUUUAUUUGAAGAAAAACUACGAUUCCAGUAACUCAGCAAAUGCUAGACUUAAUCUUAGUAGAAUAAACAAGAAUUAAAAUCUUUUUGCAAAAGCUAGUGCGAGCAGCACACCCUCAUUUGUAAUUGAAGAAAAGCCGCAAAAUUUGCCUAGAUGUCAUAGCAAUGGACAUAAUACACUAGAAGAUAGUUAAACUAGAUUACACAAAAUAAGAUCUAUGUAUAUAGGUAAUACAGGCUAAACAAGUCAAGUUAAAAAUCAGAAGUAGACUUAAAAAAAUAUUCCCUCUAAACCACUUAAAAAUAAAUAAUCUAGAAAUUAAGGAAUAUACUCAGUCACGAAUCAUAGUAGUUUGAACAGAUUAGAAAAAGCUUAGACAGAAGUUAGAUCCCAGAAGUAAUAGAUGAAUGAGCUUAUUAAAUCAAGGAAUCAGACUAUGGAAAUACUGAAUGGAAAAGAAAAAAUUAUAGUAACUGCGAACUCUUUGGAGUAUACUGAUAAUAGCACUGUAUAUUAGAGCCUAGAAAAGUUUGAAGAUAUCUCUAAAUAAAACUGA